GAAGAAUAAGCUGAACGAGGGUCACUGUUUACACAUUUUUACGCCAAUUCCGGAAUGAAUACCAUUAGACCAUGUGGCUGCAAGGGAGUACGCACCUGUUUGAGCUGCGAGGAGGACUUCCAAAUAGCCAAGCCCUCACUCCAGGAACAAUUCCGGCAGCUUGAGGCCUGGACGUACUGCGUGCAUUGUGAACUCUUCCAACCCGGCUGGGAUACGGACAAGGGACAGGAGUCCCACAGCAGUCACGAUCAAGAAAAUGGCCUACCCCUUUCAGGCAUCCUGGUCCAGGAAAAGUUCAUCAGUGUGGAGGAGGGCGCACAACUUUUAAAGGAUCUGGAUGACUUGCCCUGGGACAUAUCGCAAAGCGGACGCCGGAAACAAAACUUCGGGCCCAAGACAAACUUUAAGAAGCGCAAGCUUCAGGUGGGAAACUUUGCCGGGUUCCCUCGCACCACGGAGUACGUGCAGCGACGCUUAAAUGACGUUCCCCUGCUACGUGGCUUCCAAACCAUCGAGCAGUGCUCCUUGGAGUACGACCCAAGCAAAGGAGCUAGUAUAGAUCCGCACGUGGACGAUUGUUGGAUCUGGGGUGAGCGCGUGGUCACUGUCAACUGCCUUGGCGAUGCAGUGCUGACCCUGACACCCUACGAACCCCAGCAGGCUGGGAAGUACAAUCUGGAUCUGGUAGAUGAGUAUCAGAACGAGCUGCUGGCUCCGCUGCUUGAGGAAGAGGAACUGGUCAAGUACAAGGGAAAAGUCCUGAGGAUUCCUAUGCCCAACCUCUCCCUGAUAGUCUUGUAUGGGCCGGCAAGGUAUCAAUUCGAACAUUCUGUUCUCCGAGAGGAUGUCGAGGAGCGACGUGUCUGCAUAGCCUACAGAGAAUUCACUCCCAUGUACAUCAACGGUAAAGAUCGCGCAAAAGGCGAACCUGUGACGGAAAAGUCGCAGAUAUUUUGGGAAGUUAAAUAA